AUGUCAUCUGCGACUCGUUCGGAUGGCACAGAGGGAACGUCUGGGGGAUUCCUCCAGCCCUCCCUCCCCUCACCAGCUCCUUCGGCCAUGUCCUCUUCCACUGUGACUCCGUCCACGCUGCCUCGUCAGAGAGCCCGUCCUCUAAAAUCAGGUUCAAUGAAGGAGACAGCACUCAUCAAUCACAUCGAUCAACAAAUCCUGAAGGUCAACCGCCGCCACGCUAAGAAGUUCAGUAGCAAGAUUGGCGAGCAGGAUGGACCUGAGGACAAAAACGAAAGAGGGUAUGAGAGCUUCAAGGAGGUUGUGAAAGACAUCGAGCCGAUCAUUGAUGUGAUUUGGGUCAGCGGAACGCAUUACCCUUUCUCUCCCCGGUCGACAUUUCGUCUCCUGAAGAAGCUAGAUAUAGUCUUUGCAUCGUUGCUCCUGGGCGAGGAUGUCGAGAGCGGAGCUCCCCUCUCAGGGUUCGAGAGCCGGCGGCAGGUCAUCUCAAUGACAGAAAAGGUCCGGAUCAAGAGCAUUGCAGAGACGAGUCGUCUUGUUGUUGUGGAAGCUAGGGAUCGCGGAAAUGAUGACAAGGAGGACGAAGACGAGACUGAUUUGGAUGGAGGAGCAAAUGACAACGACGACGACGAAUUCUUCGGCACGGAAGACAGGGAUCUAGAAGGCCCAGGACGAUGGGAAAUGGAAGCGACCAGAGUAUACGAGAGGACGAUUCAAAUAUUGGGAGACGAGCUUGGGAAAGGAGAGUUGAUAUCAUAG